GUCUAUAAUUUACAAGGAUGCAUGAGUUUUCCAAACUCAUUCGAAGUUUGAAGUCCAUUUGAAUGACCUAAAACAUAAUUAUAGGUUAAAAGCGCUUCCACUUUGCAAUACUGAUAUCACUGUGCUGUGCGCAACUCCGCCGGCUUCGGAAUGUAGACGCUAAGACGUCUGUCUCCACAAUGGAACUACAAUCCGAACUGCUCAAGUCCAUCUGGUACGCCUUCACAUCGCUGGACAUGGAGAAAUGCGGCAAAGUAUCGAAAUCCCAGCUGAAGGUUCUCUCCCACAACCUGUGCACGGUGUUGAACAUUCCUCAUGACCCCGUGGCGCUGGAGGAACACUUCCAAGACGAUGACGAUGGACCCGUGUCAAACCAUGGCUACAUGCCGUACCUCAACAAAUACAUACUGGCCAAGGUCAAAGAGGGUGCGUACGACAAGGAGACGUUUGACGACCUGUGCUGGAUGAUGACCAUGAAGAAAAACUACAAACCUACCAGCGGCCAGGGGGGGCUGCUGUGCUCCCUGAGAGACUGCUUCAAACUUUUCUGUCUCUUCAACCUGCUGUCGGAGGACCACUACCCGCUCAUCAUGAUCCCACAGGAGGUGGAGUACCUGCUGAAGAAAAUCUCCACUGCGAUGAACCAGGAGUGGGACGGCAAGCCCCUGGAGGACCUGCUAUCCCAGGUUGACUCUGUCCAGGAGGAGGGCAUGUCGGUGUGGGUGUUCCUGGAUCACAUGGGCGCCGGGAGGCUGCUGAGGGUCAGCAGUGUGGAGGCCUUCAGUCUGGCCCUGGACCAAGUCUUCUUGGAGAUGUACCACAACGUCCUCAAGAGGGGUUACAUGUGGAAAAAGGGACAUGUGCGUAGGAACUGGAUGGAGCGUUGGUUUGUACUCAGGCCAUCCUUCAUGACCUACUACGCCAGCGAGGACCUAAAAGACAAGAAGGGAGAGAUUCCAUUGGACCAGAAUUGCGUUGUGGAGGCUAUUCCAGACAGGGAUGGGAAGCGUUGUCUCUUUUGUGUGAAGACCCCCAGCAAGACCUAUGAGAUGAGUGCCGCCGACCAGAGACAGAGGGUGGAAUGGACCCAAGCCUUGCAGACUGCCAUCCGUCUCCAGGGUGAGCGCAAGUCCUCCCUGCACCAGGAACUAAAGCUGAAGAGGCGGGUCCAGCGCGAGCAGAGCCAACGGGGGCGCUGCCUGAGCGGCAGCCAAUCAGAAGAGCUUACCAUUCAAGACCGGGAGAGGGAAAAGGAACGGCAAGGACAGGAGAUAGAGAGUAUUAUUCAGGAUGUAUGUGUCCCACAGCACCAGCGAGAGGUGGAGGAACGGCGCAGGGAGGAGGAGGAGAAGGAGAGAGAGCAACAGAAGGAGGUCCAGAGAGAGUUGGAGAGACAGCUAGAGGAGGCCGAGAAGUUGCGGGAGAGCAUGCAGGCUGAGAUGGCAGAGAAGGAGAAGGAGGCCGAGCAGCAGAGGAAGAGGAUCCAGGAGCUGGAGCUGACCCAGCACAAACUGGAGGCCGCUCUCAACACGGAGAUACAGGCCCACAUGGAGGAGGAGAAAGUCAGGCUGGAGCUAGAAGGGGUACUGCAGGCAGAGGAGGAGAAGCACAGGCAGUGUCUGCUCCUCCAGGAGCAGCAGGAGGCAUCCCGCCACAUCAGCCCCAGGGAGGAGGCCCCAAACGGAGCUAAGGAAGACGGGCCGGACCCCUCUGCCCUCCACUACGCCUCCCAGGAGCUCCAGAGCCUCCGAGAGACCCGAGAGAGGAGUCACCAGCACCUGGAGGAAGUUCAGGAGAAGCUUCGUAAAGCCAGUAGCCAUGUCCGACACUGGAACGUUCAGCUCAACCGCCUAAUGAAACCCGUCGCUCCUGGGGACAGGUUAUCAUCGUUGCCAGUGAAAAUCACCUGCCCGAAACAGGAGGGGGCAUUAGCCAGCAGUGAGUUUAUCGCUAAACUCCAACCAAGAGCCAAUCAGGAAACUCAGCAGAUACUUGAGAGCCAAUCGGCCACAGAAGAGAAAGGGCUACAGGAACAGGUGGAGGCUAUCACCCUGUCAGAGCCUGAGGGAUCGUGAUGUGUCAUGGGUAAAUUGUGACUGACUGACUGAUCUACAAAUAAUAUUGAGUAGUUAUUUAUGAUCUUUGUAGAUCAGUCAUUCGGCAGUCACCUGCACUGUCGGCUGCAAUGUCAAACAUGCCCGAGUUCCUGCCUGACUAGAUGUGCAGGUGUUGCAUUGCAUCAAUAAAUGGUUGCGUGCCACAUCAUCGACUGUACAGUCGGGCAUCAGAUUUCUACAUCAUAUGAGGUGGUUGGCUGAUAUGUUAAAUACCAAUCCAGGCGUGGUAAGAUCUGGAAUGUAGUCUGGGAGGAACUCGACCUCUACCAUUGGUAGUGCUAACUAGGAGAUGAGUAGGAUCUGUAAAAAAUUAAUAAAAUGGAAUUUGUGUUCCUAUUAGAAAGUG